AUGUCGGGUAUUAACGAUAUGCGGUGUCCAUUCCCACCAAAUGGAAAGUACCUGGAUGCCAUACGAUCUUCAUCAAAAGCACUACGUCUGAUAUCCAAUGUGAAAAUUGAAUCAGAGCCUAUACAGCGUCUAAUAACGUCCCCAGCAUUCACAUCGUCGUUUAAACGCGUGUCUGCUGUACAUGGCCUGGCCUUGCCAUUGAACUUUCCUUCCACAGCAUCCGAGCUUAACCUCAUCUCCAUCCUCUCCCUGCUAAACUUCGGUUCUGGAUUCCGAGUCCCCCUUCACCAGGCAACAGGUCGCGGCGCAUGGGAUAACAUCCGUGCUCUCGUAUUCUCCAUGUAUCUCAUGUCAUCUACCGACGAUGAAGGCGAUCUACUCUCUGCGCGCGGUUUGAAGGCCGUCGGAACACAGAAAGUGGCGGAACUGAUGCGGGUGAGCGUUCAUGUCGAGAAACCCCACGAGUCUAUUCCGGGAGUGACAGUGGGCACCCUCGGUGGACCGAUGUACGAUCUAGUGCAACUGAUCACCAACACGUUGAACGAAACUGGACGGGUUCUUGUCGACACUGGCUACCCAGAUUUGGGAAGUUUUGUUAUCGAGGCAUUGAAGGAAGGUGCUAAAGCCGGGGCGACCCCGGAUGCCGAAGUCGAUACGAUCCUCGACAGAUUAGUUCGCGCUAUACCUGGCUUCCGAGACAUGGGUAUAGUAGACAGCCAACCAAUCUACUGUUUCAAGAAGGCACUCUUUUUGAUCCAUGCCAUCAAGGUACGAUUUGGAACGCAAUCAUCCGCACCGUUCCCAAUACCAUCGACGGCGCACCUGCCUGUCUUCACGGACAACGUCCUGCCGUCAAUGCUGAUUCACCUUGGUGUGAUCGACCUCUCAGAGUCAGCACUCUCCUCCAUAUUUCCCAACGUCGCCGAGAACCUCCCCAGUCUAUUAGAAGAAGCGCCCUCAGACAAAAACCCACCUUCCCCCUCAGAGGGCCCAAUACUAAGCGUGGAGCAAGCCUAUGUGUUGCGCGCAUCCGCUAUUGAUGCUUGCGAGAUGAUCAUUGCCGAAGCUCGUGCGUCGGUGCCAUCAAAGGAAGGGGUUGAAUGGAUCAAGGACAUCACAUUGCCAGAGUUGGAUAUGUGGAUCUGGGGGGUUGCAAAGGACCGAUCUGACUACCGACAACUCGAGCGAUUUGUUCUUCGCGAGACAAUCUUUUUCUAG